AUGGAUACUCGGUUUUGUGGUUUUGUUUACACCUGUGUCAGGAGAGGAUUUUCCAUCUUUGAUUACUGCAAACGCUUCUAUAGUGAUCAUAGAGACAUAAUUUCAGCUGUAGUGUUAGAUCGUCAGUACUUAGGCGAAAAAUAUCAAACAAUUCUGGACGAGUUGAAAGACUAUAUCAAGGAGUUGGCGAGGGUUGAGCUCAAGCACGGCGGUGUCAUUGUUUACUACUAUUCCUGGACUGCCAUCAGUCUUAAGAAAGGUUUUCUAGCUGUAUUCAGCAUAGCAUCCUGUGAAGAUACUUGGGAGUUAUUUUCGCGAACAGAAGAGGAGGAGUUAUUACUCUUUGCCCUUACUGAAGUUGAUUGUCCAAGAUUGCCAUCUCAUUCAGCUAUAACAGCCACAUUCACUGACCCUGGUGAAGAGUUACCUCAAUUGCUGCUGGACUUGAGGACAUCUAAUGCUUUUCAAUGGAAGUCUGCUAUUAUACUCCAUGAUGAUACCCUGAGUCGGGACAUGGUCUCACGAGUGGUGCAGUCUCUUACAUCACAAAUAGACGACGAGAGUGCCUCUCCUGUCUCCGUCACAGUGUACAAGAUGAAACAUGAGAUCAAUGAGUACUUGAGACGGAAGGAGAUGUAUAGGGUCUUGUCUAAGUUGCCUGUGCAGUAUAUUGGUGAAAAUUUCAUAGCAGUAGUGACGUCAGAUGUGAUGACGACAAUGGCGGAGACUGCUCGCAAUCUGCUCAUGUCACAUACGAUGGCUCAAUGGUUAUACGUCAUAUCUGAUACAAACGCACAGAACGGGAACCUGAGCAGUCUGAUUAAUGAUCUCUAUGAGGGAGAGAAUGUUGCUUAUAUUUACAACAUGACUGACAACAAUCCUGAUUGUAAGAAUGGUAUAAUGUGUUACUGUCAAGAAUUGAUGGAUGCCUUCAUAUCGGCACUGGAAGCGGCCAUACAGGACGAGUUUGAUGUUGCAGCUCAGGUAUCCGACGAAGAAUGGGAGGCCAUCAGACCUAAUAAAUUGCAGAGGAGGGACAAGCUUUUGAAGCAUAUGCAGCAACACAUAGCAGCAAAGAGUCGCUGUGGUAACUGUUCCACGUGGCGAGCUUUAGCUGCCGACACUUGGGGCGCUACCUACCGAUCAUUCACUGAGACUACCGACAUUGUCAAUGAUAACAACAUGAACACCACCAACAGAGUUAUUGAUAAAAUUGAUUUGUUAAACGUAGGAAUCUGGCGUCCAAUUGACGGUGUGAGAUUCGAAGAUGUUCUCUUUCCACACAUCCACCAUGGAUUCAGAGGGAAGGAACUGCCUAUCAUCACUUACCAUAAUCCUCCUUGGACGAUACUUCAGCGAAACGAGUCAGGCGCAAUUGUAAAAUAUGGUGGACUUAUAUUUGAUAUUAUUCACCAGUUAGCAAUUAAUAAAAAUUUUACUGUUAAAGUAAUAUUAGCUUCGGUUCUCAAGAAAGAGUUAUCCAAUGACACAACUACUGAUAUGAUGCAUAGCAUGGAAGCUAAGCUGACGAUAUCCGCCAUUGCAAAAGGCCAGGGCGCAUUAGCUGCUGCCUCCUUUACAGUUUUAGCUGAUCCUGUACCAGGUGUGAAUUAUACUAUACCAGUCAGUAUUCAAUCUUACGCCUUCUUAAUCGCUCGCCCUCGGGAGCUCAGCAGAGCAUUAUUAUUUUUACUACCAUUCACAACAGACACUUGGCUAUGUCUCGGUUUAGCUGUUAUCCUAAUGGGACCUACGCUGUAUAUUAUUCAUAGAAUGAGCCCCUAUUACGAAGCCAUGGAGAUAACUCGCCAAGGAGGACUUGCUACAAUACACAAUUGUCUCUGGUAUAUCUAUGGAGCUUUGUUGCAACAAGGUGGAAUGUAUCUUCCUCGAGCUGACAGCGGCCGUCUAGUGGUAGGGACAUGGUGGUUGGUGGUACUAGUGGUAGUAACCACGUACUCCGGUAACUUGGUGGCUUUCCUCACGUUUCCCAAGCAAGAAGUUCCUGUUACGACAAUAUCUGAUCUUUUAGCUAACCGAGCUCUUUACACUUGGUCGAUCAAUAAGGGAUCUUAUUUGGAAAUGGAAUUAAAGAAUUCGGAUGAGCCAAAGUAUUUAGCAUUGUUGAAAGGCGCGGAGUUGGUAUCACCGACGGACGGGAAGUCAGGAACCAUGUCAUCGGGCUCGUCAUUGCUGCAGCGGGUACGUUUCCACCGCCACGUGAUUAUCGACUGGAAGCUUCGGCUGAGCUACAUGAUGAGGGCAGACCGGUUGGAGGAUGAUAACUGCGACUUUGCUCUAAGCACUGAAGAGUUUCUGGAUGAGAAAGUUGCAAUGAUAGUGCCGGCAGGCAGUCCCUACCUCCCGGUUAUUAACAAAGAGUUAGAUCGUAUGCACAAAGCGGGUCUGAUAAUGCGCUGGUUGGAAGCAUACCUUCCGAAGAAGGACCGUUGCUGGAAGUCUUCGUCCAUGAUGCAGGAGGUGAACAACCACACUGUUAACCUCAAUGACAUGCAAGGAUCCUUCUUCGUGCUGUUCAUGGCAUUGGUUUCUUAUGGCAAAAGAAACGUUAAGCGUCAAGGACAUGGUAUCACUCUCUUCGAGCCGCCCCAUUCGUACCGAAGCGUGGCUCUCCUACACGAGGUAUACCUAGCUAAAGGUCAUAAAGUCCCGCGGCCCCUCGACUUGGAGUAG